UUUCAAACUCUUAAAUAAAUACUUCUUACUUUUACUCAUCUGGCAGCACAAAUAUGCAGAGUCAUAUGUGUGGAUUUUAUGUGGAACCUAAUUAAUGCCACAAAAUUGAAUGGUCAAUUGCAAAUUGUAAACAUUCCAGGAAAUUACGCGAAUUGAGGCUUGAAAGUUAAUAUUGAAAGCGAAAAGCUUUUAAAAAAUAAAACAUUUUUAAUAAACGGAUAGCUCAACGCAUGUUCUAUGUAAUUUGAACCUAUUAAGUGCAAUGGUGAAUGUAAUGAAAGGUGUUUUUGUUGAAUGUGAUCCGGCUAUGAAACAGUUUUUACUACAUCUCGACGAAACGCUUGCUUUGGGACGCAAAUUCAUCAUACAAGAUUUAGACGAAAAUCAUCUAUUCAUCUCUACCGACAUAGUAGAAACAUUACAAGCACGUGUCGACGAUUUAAUGGAUCGUAUUAGUUUUCCGCUGCAUGAAAAGGAUCCCUAAAUAGCCAUACUUUUACAUAUAUUUUAAAACACUGCAAGCCGUAAACUUCACACAUAAAAAGACACUCUCAACAAAUUUAUCAACAACCAUGACUGGCCGCGAAUCCAAUCGCAUUAAGGAUGC